AUGGCGGCUGAGGUUGCAACAGCCGAUAUGACGAUUCAAAAGAAUUCUCAGAUUUUAGUGAACGUGGAAGAAGCUCUCGCUGAUUUAUUAGUGGUAUCUUAUUCUGCUGAGGAUAAAAAAUUCCAAGGAGUGCUUCUGGACUCCAGCAAAGGUAAUUUGCCUUUUGGAGUGUAUAGUUUGCACCCAGCGUUCACCAGACAGUCUGCGACCACCGAGGAGAAGGAUGAAAAGCUACAUUCCGUUAGUCAAAGGUACAUUUACCAAGAGCCUCAAUAUGCGAAUGAGUUUGUUUCCAAGUCGAAAAAGCCUGGGCCGAAGGGCAAACAGCAGCAAAAGAUGACGGUGCGAUUGCGACCACGGAAGGUGUUAUGUUCAAACUGCCAAGGAAUAUGUAACGAGAACAGCGAAAAUGUGGACGUGUCCAAAAAACGCAAAUUAGAUUCCGAUGACGAUUCGCCUCUAGAGAGUUCUGAGUCAACCAAAGUCCACAAGAAUUACCUAAUGGGCAGUAUGUUAAUCCCAAAGCUUUCGAGACUGCAACCGAGUGAAAUAACGAGUGCUAUGAAAGGUGGAUCGCGGAAUUCAAAUAAGUCUAGUGAGAAGCACAUUAAAACUGAAGGUGAAGGCACUGCACCCAAAGAAAUGGCUUUCGUGAGUGUAUCCGAUGACAAUGACUGUGAUAAAGAUGAUGUUUCGUUCAAUUCAAUGUUCCAAAGUGCACGGACUUUGAAAAUUUGUUUUGGAGAAGGAGAAGGCACAGUGGUGAAAAUACCACCAUUAACUGGUGAUUUUAAUGAAGACUCAGGUGUGUCAUGUGACAUGACGAAACCUGAUAUGAAGGCUGCUAAAAAGGCCUUGAAAAAAGCUAAAAAGCAGGCAAAGAAAUAUAAUACUAUAGGUAAAAUAUCACCAAAACACAUAGGGGCUUUAUCACCUCGUAACAAUGUUUCUAACAGUCCCACAUCUGAUCCGUUAGAAAAGAAACAUAAGCAUAAAGUAAAACAUAAAAAGAAAAGCAAGCUACAGAAAAAAAGAGAUGAAAAUACAAGUAAGAUGGUAGAUGGUGAAUCUAUUGACUAUUUUAGUGAUAUUAAAGAGCACUGCUUAAAACAGAAACUUUCUAUAAGCCUGAGAAGGCUGAGUAGUAACUCCUAUGAACGUAGGAGCGAACAGGACAGUGGAUCGGAUUGGGAAAGUGAAACUGUACCAGAAUUUCCUGCGAAUGCCACAGAGGGUGCAGGAGGACGGUUACUCCGUGUUUCUCCAGGUGACAUAGUAUGGGGUAAAGUUAUUGGGUUCCCGUGGUGGCCAGGCCGAGUUCUGAGUGUCACUCCUACAUCCAGAGCUCAUGUGGCAUGGUACGCUUCAACAACAUCAUCUCUAAUGCCGUGUGACAGCCUUAGCCCAUUCUUAGAAGAUUACAAGUUGCGAUUUAACAAGAAAAAGCGUGGAGCAUACAAAGAGGCUGUCAAACAAGCUACGAUCGAAGCAAAGGUAAAUGAAUCUGAAAUGGAGGAUCCACUGGCAAGCCCCACUCAUAAUUUGGCUACAAUGUCACCACGUCCAAUAAAUGUGUUUUCAUAAUUUGUGAUCAUGAGGAAUGCGACCGAAUUUAUAUAAACAUUGUGAUAUUUCCGUGAAUUGUCUGCACAAAAUAGUAGAUUUUAUUCUGUUAAAGAAUCUUUGCCUAGCCUACCAUGUGUAACCGUCAUCAUGCAUUAAACUUCUUCAAGUACAGUACAACAGUACUUUUAUGUGAAGGCCUACUGCAAUCGAGAUUGUCUGCUCACUCUUGGAUAGCUUAAAGUUUAUGGUAAGCAAAGUUUCUUCUACUGAAAAUCAACAGAUCAUUUUAUGAAACCAUACUAAACAUUGAUAAUAUAAUAACACAUAAAAUGAGCUGUUUACAUAUUAUGGAGCAACUCAUAAACUUAGUAUUAGAAAUUAGAUAAACUGGGUAUUUAAGCUCAUAUUCAUCAGUUGUUGUGAAUGUGCAAUAACUAAGCACACAGAUGCACUUUAUUAACUUAAGUAAUAAAGUUUACUUUGAACCAUAGUAAUUUGGUCAAUUAUCUAUCAAAACGGAGAUGCUCCGAGGGCAGGAGACGAGAAAAGUGACCAUUCGAAUUUAUUUUAAUAAUAUAUCCUCAAUACAGAGAACACUACAUGUUUAAAAAUAUGAAUACGCGGUAAUAUAUUGCCGCUGCCGUCAUGUGGUACCUCUACAGUCACUGCUGUCAUGUAGUAACUUUACUGCCGCAGCUGGCAUGUGACACAUCUACUGUCUCUGCUGGAUUGUGGCAUAUGACGUUUAUGAAACGGGCGACCCCAAGACGCAGUGAUGCAGAGUUUCAAAUUAUAUCCUUUCACUUCACUAAUAUGAGUAAGUUGUACUCCAUCCGGGUCCUUAUCGACACUGUACCAGCACACCUACUCUCGCUACAAAAAUCUGUCUGGUGUGUUGAAUUUUUUCCCUUGCCUUUCCAAAAUAUUUAUUUUUACUUUCAUUUAUUUAUUACACUAAAGCAAUCACUAUCGAAAUUUACACUUACAAUUAAUUUAAUUUAAAUUUAUACUU